GAGAUCAUCUUCAUCGGAUGGAGAAUGGGGCUGGGUCAGUGGCUGGGGUAGCCGGUGCGGCCUUGCCGGUGUAGGCUUGCUGGUGUAGGCUUGCCCGUGCGGGGAUCGAAGCUGAGGAACACUAUGUUAGUCACAUCGGUACGACGUAGUGAGGGUGGUGGGAUGGGUAGAGGGGUGGGCGGGUGAGAUCAUGCCCAUCGGAUGGAGGAUGGAGGGGGAGCAGAGCUGGUGCGCCGCAAUGGUGCAAUGAGACAGGAGACAGCCCCCUCCCCUCCUCCCACGAUACCCACCACACGCACACCACUCUACGUCAUCCGCCCACAACCGGCAUGCAGCUGGCGCUUGCUUUGGCGGUAAGACGGAGAGCUGUAGCUCUGGCCAUGGUGGGGACGGGCGUGACGCGACGAGAGACUCGGCGCUGGGGCGAGAGGCAAGGCGAGACGGGGAGGCGGGCAAUGACGGCGAUGUCGGUGGCAGAGCCAUCGGCGGUAAAGGCGGUGGUCGACGAGUCGGCGCCCGUAACUGUUGUCCGCGGUGGCCCUGGGACGGGCAAGUCGACAGCUGCGGUGGCCAGAGUCCGUGCACUGGCGCACGCCGGACACGAUGUGGUGCUGGUGGUACCGUCGCGGGCGGCGGCGGCGGCGGCGGAAGCAGCGCUCGACGACCACGCGGCGGUCUUAGGCGACCGCUAUGCAGUCGCGACAUGGCCGAAGUUUCUCGGCAGCCUGCUGCCGCGAUCGAGGGCUAAGAUGCCGGCGCCACACCCUCUGGCGGCAGCAACAGCGGCGGCUCUGGCGCAUCCGCUUGGCGCACGGCUGUCGUCGUACGACGAGCCCGCGGCGGCAGUGGCGGCAGCUGAGAGUGACAAGCUGACGCUCAAGGCGACGGCAGUGGUCGUCGAUGACGCGCAGGGCGCGUCGUUGCUGCAUCUCGCCGCACUGCGUGCACUGGUCACUCGCCACGGCCUUGCUUCGCUGACGCUCAUGAUCGAAGACGGCCCGUUGGCUCUGCCGCCGCGGGCGCUCUCCGAUGCUGUGGCGCGCGGGUGUAUUGACGUGCCGAGCUCGUUUGCUCCGGCAGAAGUGGUGGUUCACGAGCUUGCCUACCGCUUUGUCCGCAACGAGGCUGCGGACCGGCUGCUGGCCUGCCCGCCGCCGGCUGGGCUUGCGUCGCCGACAUGUGUCGAAGCCAGCUACACGCGGUACGGAUCCGAGGCUGCUGAGGCGAGCGCUGUCGCCGACACACUUGUGCAUCUUGUGGUGAGCGAGGGCGUGCGGCCGGAGCGAGUGGCGGUGGUCACGCCAUCGCAUUCCGCGCUGCCGCGGCUGUGGACCUCGCUCCUCGACGCGUCGCUGCCUGUGGCAUACUCGGGCUAUCUCCCACACAGGCUACUGAACCAGCCCGAAGUCCGGCUGUGUGCAAGCGUGCUCGAGCUGGCGGCUUCGCCGACGGGUGCAUCCCCAUUGGCGUGGACAACGCUGCUGGCAUCGGGCCUGGUGGGAGUGGAUGGUGAGGUCCUGAGCUUGGUGGCACGGGAAGCGCAGCACGGACGCGAUAGCGUCCGGAUCUACGACUUGCUGGCCGAGGAUGAGCGCGCGUGCAAAGUGACCAGCGCGCUCGACAUGCUGCAUCUCGAGUGCAACCUGCCGGGCGCGUCGGUCGCGGGCCUUGUUGCCGACUUUGUCUUUUCGCGGUUGAGCGACGAGCUGUGCGACGAGCUGGGCGCCUUGUCCGGCAGCCGUGGCGCGCAGCAGAUGGCCAACAUGGAGGCAUACUUUAAGCUCCUUUCGUCGCUCUCGACGUCCGCGGCGUACUCACCGGCAGCGGGGCGGCUGCUCCUUGCCACUCGCAACCUCGAGGCGGCCGGGGAUGAUCCGCGUGUGUUGCCGGCGGCGGUCGACGUCGGCCCGGCCGCGGGCGCAGUGGUCCUGGGCACGCCGUCGGUGCUGGCAGCAGGCACGCAGAGCUUCGACCAUGUUUUCUACGUCGCUGCCGCGCGGCCGUCGGGCGAGCUUGUCCGCGAGUUGCGCCGCGCGAGUACCGAUCCGGAGCUGCGCGCCUUUGCAGCGGGCACGCUCGGUCUGACCUGGCGCGAAUCCCCGCAGCCAUUGGCCUUGUCGGCGUUGGGUGCAGCAGCGGCGCGGGCACACAAGGCGCUCCACAUUACCAGCGGGUCUGGGGUCCUCUCGCUGGAUCCGGCAGUAGCCAAGGUGCUCGGAGUGCCGGCCGAGGCGGUGCAGGAGCGGCAGAGCGCGCCACGGAGUGCUCGAGAUGUCAAGCUCGUCGGCCCACACUACGCACUCUCGGCUCUGGGAGCGGAGGCGCUGGCGGCAGCAGUGGCAGACCCGGUGCGGCGAGCAGCGACGCUAGCCGAGGCCACGACCUGCCCUGCGCGACUGUACUUUGCUCACGAGCUGGGCGUCACAGGCAGUCCGCGGCCGGCAACAACCGCGGGGGUAGCAGCUGGCGCUCGGGCCGCUGCGCUGCCGCACGUGGUGGGCGGAGAGGGGAUGGCGGCUCGUGAGGCCUACAACGCCUGGUGGGUCCAAGUUGGCGGAUUUGACCUCCCGCCGCAGGUCCCGGCAUACCGCGACGGCAUGGCGGCGAUCGAGGCCGCCUGCGCCUCCGGCCCGUGGGCUGCUGAAGACCUGAUCGUGGACGCCUCCGCCGGAGUGGUCCUCGCGGUACAGCGCGAGUGCAUUGCCGGCUACACGCUGGCGCUUGACGAUGCAAGCAAGAGCCUGGCCCGGGCGAGUAGGGUGGGCUCGCUCCUGCGAGUUGUCGCCGCCCAAGCCGGGCCCGAGUGGAGCGGCGAGCUGGUGAUGACCGAAGUUUCAACCGGCGACGUGGCGAGCCGCAAGUGGAGCCCGCGGCUGCGGGCGCUAUCGCGCAAGGCAGUGGCCGCCGCGGAUGAGCUACUUGCGCGUGUGACGGGCAGCAGUGGCGGUGAGAUGGAGGCGUGGCCGAGCCGGCGCGCCUGUCUCGGGUGCAGCUGGCGGAGCGUGUGCCCAUCGAGCGAGGCGGCGUCGUGAGUAGGUGUCAUGCGCCCUGGAUGAGCGGUGCCCGCUCAGACGGCGCCGAGUCUGGCGGCGGCGUGCGAUGUGUGGCGUGCAUGAGAGCGAGGGCAGCAAGGAUGGUAGCCAUGCCGGCGGCAGGCCAGAGGAGUGCCACGCCCUGGCCGGCCCACUCGUGGAAGAAGAGCGCUCCCUCGAUGGCGGCGACGACCGGGACGGCAAAGUCGACGCCGACCUGCCGGACGGCGCCGAGCUCGC